CCGGCGGCGGCUGCGCCGCGGCGGGAGCGGAGCCGGGAGCGGGACCGGGGCCGGGGCUGGAACUGGAGCUGGGAUCGGGGCUGGGACUAGAUCCGGGACCGGGAUCAGGAGGGGGACCGAGGCUGGAAUCGGGACCGGAUCCGGGACCAGGGCUCGAACCGGGAUCGGAACCGAGACCGCGACCGGGGCUGAGGCCGGGGCUGGAAGCGGGACGGGGGCUGCGUUGCGCUGCCCGCGGCUCCGCGGCGCCGGCCGGGCAGCAUCGGCACCGGCAGCGUGACGGACCAGGGAGAGCGCGGCGGCCGGUCCUGCCCCCCCAUCCCCUGCCUUCCUCUCAUCCCCUGCCCACCCUCCUCCCCCCUUCCCUCCCCGCCGGCUGCGCCCUGAGCCCGGCGGCGAUGGGCUGAGGCUGCGGGGCACCGCGGGGCCCCGGCGGCAACAGGAUGAGGAGGGGCUCGGAGGGCAGCGGGGAGGGCGAGGGGCUCUCGAGCCUGCGGGCGUUCGCCCACAGCUCCUCGCUGCACGGCAUCAGCCACGUCUUCGCCUACGGGGCCGUGUCCCUGCGCCGCGUGCUCUGGGGCGGCUUUUUCCUGGGCUCGCUGGGGCUGCUGCUGCUCGUGUGCGCCGAGCGCGUCGCCUACUUCCUCACCUACCCGCACGUCACCAAGCUGGACGAGGUGGCUGCCCGCAACCUCACCUUCCCGGCCAUCACCAUCUGCAACCUCAACGAGUUCCGCUUCUCCAAAAUCACCCGCAACGACAUGUACCACGUGGGCGAGCUGCUGGCGCUGCUCAACGAGCGCUACGAGAUCAGCAACCCGCAGCUGGCCGAGCCCCACGUCCUGGCCGCGCUGCGCGACAAGGCCAACUUCAAGAACUUCAAGGCGAAGCCCUUCAGCAUGGCCGAGUUCUACAACCGCACGGGCCACGACCUGGCUGACAUGCUGCUGCAGUGCUCCUUCCGCGGCACCGGCUGCACCGCCCGCAACUUCACCGUGAUCUUCACUCGCCUGGGGAAGUGCUACACCUUCAACCCGGGGGGGCCAGGCCGCGAGGUGCUGACCACGCUGCAGGGCGGCUCCGGCAAUGGCCUGGAGCUCAUGCUCAACGUGCAGCAGGAGGAGUACCUGCCCGUCUGGGGGGACACAGAUGAGACCUCGUUUGAGGUGGGGGUGAAGGUGCAGAUCCACAGCCAGGACGAGCCUCCCUUCAUUGACCAGCUGGGCUUCGGCGUUGCCCCUGGCUUCCAGACCUUCGUCUCCUGCCAGCAGCAGCGGCUGGUGUACCUGCCCCCGCCGUGGGGGGACUGCAAGGCCACCCCCAUCGAGUCCGACUUCUUCACCAACUACAGCCUGACCGCGUGCCGCCUGGACUGCGAGACGCGCUACCUGGCCGAGAACUGCAACUGCCGCAUGGUGCACAUGCCGGGCAAUGCCAACGUCUGCACCCCGGAGCAGUACAAGGAGUGUGCCGACCCCGCGCUGGACUUCCUGGUGACCAAGGACAGCGAGUACUGCGCGUGCCGCACGCCCUGCGCCAUGGUGCGCUACGGCAAGGAGCUCUCCAUGGUGAAGAUCCCCAGCAAGGCCUCGGCCAAGUACCUGGCCAAGAAGUUCAACAAGACGGAGCAGUACAUUGCGGACAAUGUGCUGGUCCUGGACAUCUUCUUCGAGGCCCUGAACUACGAGAUGAUUGAGCAGAAGAAGGCGUAUGAGGUGGCGGGGCUGCUGGGUGACAUCGGGGGGCAGAUGGGGCUCUUCAUUGGUGCCAGCCUCCUCACCAUCCUGGAGAUCUUUGAUUACCUGUAUGAGGUGAGCCCCCCCCGGCCUCCCCCUGCCCGGGGCUCUCGGGCUGGGGACCCUGACCUGCCCCCCCCAGGUGUUCCGGGACAAACUCCUCAGCCUGUACAAGGAGAAGAAGCGGAGCCCGCGGAGCGACAGCGGCACCCUGGAGCACCCGGCGGUCCCGGGCAGCCCCACGGCCCCGCGCCCACCCAGGUACACGUGGGGGGGCAACCAGAGCCCCCCGGGGCUGGCACGGGGGGUGCGGGGCUGUCGCUCCCCCGGGGGAGAUGGGGGUCCCUGGGGGCUCCCCAGGGCCAGCGCGGGGGUGCGGGGCCAUCCCCUGCAGAUCUCCCGCAUUCCCUGCAAACCCCCUGCAUUCUCUGCAGACCCCCCCCAUUCCCUGCAGACAUCCCCCAUCCUCAUCAACCCCCACAGACCCUUGUUCCGGGGUACCCCUGCCCCGACACCCUCAGCCGGGCUGGGGUCCCCAGCCUCCCCUCCGGGACGCAGUGGGGCAGGAGGGGGGGUCCGCAUGGGGGACACGGGAGGGGCCAGCCUGGCUCCAGGCCAAAGGGGAGGGUCCUGGGCCACCCUGGGGAGCACAAGGGGAGGGGGCACGGGGCAGAGCCCCCCGGCAGGCAGGGCACAGGGGGCACUGGUGGCAGCGGGAGCUGACCCCCCCACCCCCCUGCAGGGCGCCUGGCCCCCCCUGCC